UUAGAAUAAUUUUUUUAUUUGAAAAUAAUCUUGAACAAAAAAGAUAUUUCACAUUAUGAAACGUAUAUAAAAAGAGAAGGUACACGGCGACCGUAUCUUGGCCUCUCUUUCUACUCCACUCUCUCUCUCCAUCUCUCUUUUGACUGAGGGAAGGAUAGCGGGCACGCAGAACGUCCAUUACGUCCAAUCAGAUCACGUAGUUAUCUACCCCCUUUAGCGCGCUUGGUCGGGUCGAUUCUUGUUGCGCUGUGUGCUCGACGGAUCGCGCGGAGCUCCGGAGGCGUGUUGCCUGUCGCCCGUGUUUCCGAGCCUCGUCGGCGAACAGUUGAGGGAAAAGAUGGUACCUCUCGGCCCGUCGCCGGGACACCAAACGUCCGCGAAUAACUCCUCCAGCGCGGCCGCCAGCGGGACGAAGAGCGCGAUAGUGAGAUCGAAUUACACGUUAAAGUAUACCUUGGCGGGUCACACCAAGGCAGUAUCGUCCGUCAAAUUCAGCCCCAAUGGAGAAUGGUUGGCCAGUUCGGCUGCUGAUAAGCUUAUUAAAAUAUGGGGCUCCUACGAUGGAAAGUUCGAGAAGACUAUAGCAGGCCAUAAGCUCGGUAUAUCUGACGUAGCAUGGUCUAGUGAUAGCAGAUUGCUGGUAUCAGCUUCUGACGAUAAGACCUUGAAGAUAUGGGAAUUAAGUUCCGGUAAAUGUUUAAAAACUUUAAAGGGUCACAGUAAUUAUGUUUUCUGUUGUAACUUCAACCCGCAAUCCAACCUCAUAGUGUCUGGUUCUUUCGACGAAAGUGUACGCAUUUGGGAUGUGAGAAGUGGGAAAUGCCUUAAAACCUUGCCGGCACAUUCGGAUCCUGUGAGCGCAGUGCACUUCAAUCGGGAUGGCUCUUUAAUCGUCUCGAGUAGUUACGACGGAUUAUGUCGAAUUUGGGACACCGCGUCAGGGCAGUGCCUGAAGACUUUGAUAGACGACGACAAUCCUCCAGUGUCGUUCGUCAAAUUUUCGCCGAACGGCAAGUACAUUUUGGCGGCAACGCUGGACAACACGUUGAAGCUGUGGGAUUACAGUAAAGGGAAAUGCCUGAAAACGUAUAGCGGCCACAAAAACGAGAAAUAUUGCAUCUUCGCGAACUUCUCCGUAACGGGUGGAAAGUGGAUCGUAUCCGGGUCUGAGGAUCACAUGGUGUACAUUUGGAAUCUACAGACGAAAGAGAUCGUACAAAAACUGCAGGGACACACAGACGUGGUACUUUGUACAACGUGUCACCCGACGGACAACAUUAUAGCUUCGGCCGCCCUCGAGAACGACAAAACCAUUAAACUGUGGAAGAGCGAUACAUAAGGACAGUCUGUAAAUUUAUCGCUGUUACUAUCUCUACUGUACAAAUCGCUGUUUUUUUUUUGUUAAAGAAAAAAUGAUUACAUUGUAAAGCAUAGACCCUAGACUUCUAGAUAUAAAGUAAAGUGCUAUUUUAUAUCAAAAUAAUAUUUUAUUAUUGAAAGUGUUAUAUAAGCUUCUAGUUUAGGGUAAAUUAAUUUCGAUACACUACUAGCGUCUGCAUUUACUGUUACGAAUAGAUUAGAAAUAAUUAACUUUGACUGAGCAGUAUUAAUAAUUCAAAUCUCAUCGUGAUUGUACAAAAUUAUGUUUUAAAAAGUAGUAAACAAACGCUAUUAUCGCUCACGUAUUAUCGUA